GUCGGUUGCUAAGACAAGCACGUUUCCUUUCCUUAACAACCGCAGGGAGGCUGGUAUUUGGGGCUCCGGGUCGAGGUGACUCAGGUGAGAGAAGCCGGGCAGGCGGGUCGGGCUCCCCGCGCCCCGUCCCCCUCUCCGCCCCGUCGGAGUGGAGCCUUGGGCGCUCCCGCCGCCCGGAGACCCCAGCGCCCCCCACCACACCUCCGUCCCGGCCGGCCAGGGGCCACUCGGAGCGCCCCCAGCCCGCUCGGUCUGGCGGUUCUGGUCCCUCACAGGAUGAAGCGCGCUCCUGGCCCUGAGCACCUCGCGGGGUCCGGCCCCCUUGGGGCGGGGGGGUCAUCCCAGGCUACCAUCUUCACGGGGCGCGGGCUGGGUUUUGACGCGGAGCCUGGCGGGGCGGCGGACUCUGGCGUGGUAAGAGGUCAAGGCUGGAGGAAACGAGGCACCAAAUAUUCCGCUAUUGCAGAUCAUUUCUCUAGCUCAUCUGCUUUAGAACACUUUAGGUUUUCUUGCAAUGUUUUGUGCAAAUGCAAAAAAAAAAGUCUGGUAGGGGAGAACUAGGAACAGUAGAAUCCAUGAAGAAGGCAGAAGACAAACCUAAACAUACCGUCUCCUGUUCAGGUUACUUCCUUUGGCCCAUCGCUGUACCCAUAGAUACGGAACAUUACUAAUAGAAGAGGAAAGUCAUUCACACAAGUGCCCAGGCGCUAAUGGAUGUUUCAUGUUUGCCAGUCUCUUGAGAACAGCGAACUUUUUCUCUUCCAGGAAGUUGGCAUUAGGCGUUAAUUUUUUAAAAUGUGCUUUUUUCAUUUACAGCUCAGCUAUGGAAACUCAGAGUGAGCACACUGAAAUCAAUAUACCCAAGCUGCUUACAUCCAUUGAUUUCAAAGGGCCUACUUUGAGUAUGACUAAUAUUAGAUAUUUUCCUGUAUAAGCAGCUGCAUCAAAUGUUGAUAUUUCAAUAACAUGUGAGCCUGACAUACUGAGUCAGGCUAGGGGCUCUCUUUCCGAUAUUGCCUUCUUUAUUAGCAGUUUUCCAGAAUUUCAGGUGGAGAUCUUUCUUGCCUCUUGCUAAUUGAUCCUUUUAACUGGAGCUGCAACAGUAUGAAUUUGGACCCUUCUAUAUGCAAAGCAUGGGCUUUACCACUGACUUAUGACGUCUCCCUGCUUGGGGGCCAGUGGGCACAUUUGGAAUUUUGCAGCAGUCACAAAAUGGCUGCUUGUGGGAGGCAUUGCAUAACCUGCCUGCAAGAUAUAUAUAGAGAGACCAGAGCACAAAGAUAUGUCCACCUAUCAGUGGAAGAAAGGCACCUACAUCAGCCACCAUUACACUCACUCACAGAGAGGUUCUUUGCAUCUCUUGGAAUAAAAUCCAAACCCAUUUAGUUACUUAAGCUGUUUCCAAGGACUGCUUUUCUAGAACUGUCACCAAAGUAUAAGGGAUAAUUGGAUACCCCUAAAUAAACAACGACUGCAAAGAAAAGCUGUUUUUAGGCCUGCUGUUCUCAUAUCAGUACUCCUCCCCCCCAAGAAGACAUGUAAACAAGCAUUCAAUUGAUCUUUUAAAAAUUGAGUGUACAUUUUUAGGGGGAAAUUAAGCACAAAAGUGGCUUUUGAUAGAUGAUAAACUGGCAAAAAUAGCAUAACAUGGCAAAAUAUAGGAUUUACCUAGGCUGAUACCUCUAUUCAUCGCUUGGCUUGGGUUAUUCCAGGGUCCUUUGAAAGAUUCCAAAUCCAUGAUCUCUCAACCUAGAGUAGCUCCAGCCUGGGGGAAAAUCUUUAGGGUUAAGAGAAAGAUGUCUGCCCACCUUUGUGAGCUAAUCAAUCCAUUUCAAGCCAGAGACUGGCAAGAAGUAGGGCUUGUGCAAAGCUAAUCAGAGAAUGUUAUUGUGGGAUUAAGUUCCUAUUCUUAAAGUUGAUGAAAUAAGGAUUUUUAAGUGUCAGCCUUUUUUAGUUAGACCAGGAGGGAUAUAAUUUCUAAAUUACAGUAUACCUCAAAGUAUUUAUGGGCACAUUUGAUUGAAUAGCUGUUAACUAGGCAGGAUGUAACGGACAUUGUUCCUUUAGUGACAGAUAGGAAUAUCCAAGCAAGAAGACUUGCUACUCUGUAAGCUUUUGCUUGCAAAAUAGAGUUGGCAUUUUGAAAUGGCAGUAGCAAAGUCAAGCAGGCUGGGAUUUUCACAGUAUUUUAAUAUUGUUACCAUUUCAAUUUUACGUCUUAUGCUAAUAACAACAGACAGUUGCAAAAAAGACCAUCAUCUAAAACUAUAGCAUCAUAAUGCAUGUAUAUUAUCUAGCCAUGUAUAAUCAUGACUAGAUGAAUGGCUCAUUCUUUAUUUUGACUCUUUUAAAGAUCUCAGAUGUGUGAUAUCCUCAUGCUGAGGAUACGUCAACUGAACUAUUUUCUCCCUCUCUUUUUCUCUUAAGCAUUGGAAUACCCUGCUUCUGCAAAACAGUUCAGACUGAAUUCUAAAGGUCCUAGCCUUUUCCUAGUCUGCCCUUGAUUGGUUCCCUACAGGCUGCUCUGCCCCUUCCCAGGGUCACAGUGGACAGACAAUGGCAGACACUGGGGAGGGGAAAAAAGAGGAGGCGGACUAUAAGAGACUUCACAGCUUUCCACUGAUCAGGGUAAGAAUGGGAAUAAUGAAGUAUGCUACGUUCUUGGAUCAGGAGAUGUGGGGGCUUGGUGCCAUUAGCUUCCAUUUUACUUUGCUACUUAAUUUAAAUAGGAGUACUGAGGUGUGGGGUGAAGCAGACACUUUAUUGGUAUAUCUCAUAAAAAUACAGUUGCACAAGGCACUCCAAGCAAUCUUGUUAAAAUGGGGAUGUGUGUCUAUUGCUCAGCAAACACCAUCUUCUUUCUUUAUUAAAUUUCUAUCCCACGCUUCUUCCCCAAAGAGUUUAUUAUCAAGUAUUUUACAAAGUACGCAUGAAGAAGCAGAAGUCAUUGUGGUCAUUGCCUACAGUGGCUCAACAAUUUCUGAAUGAUUGCUCAAAAGAAAGUGGUGUGCAUGAAGGCAUGAAAGAAAACUGGAAGGGUAAACAGAGUACCAGAAGAAGAGCCUUUUGGAUCAGUCCUGUAGUCCAUCUAGUCCAGGAACCUGUUCUUGCAGCAGCCAACCAGAUGCCUAUGGGAAAGAGGAAAGGCAUGUGAUGUUAUGAGGGAGUUCUUGAUAGUAGAUGGGACAAUAAGUGGGCAGCAAGAAAAAAUGAUGGAACAUUUGAGGCAUGUGGAGGAGGUAUAAGUCCUGUAUACACAUACUACUUCUGGGUUAAAUGAACACAAGAGGAGGAAGAGUGAGGACAAGUGUCCUAGCUCUGACCCCUCUUGCCAUUCCCUCUACUUAUGCGGGCUCCAUCCAUUAUUUAAGACUCUGAAAUAUUGGGUUUUACAUUGCAUGGAGAGGCUACACAAGCAGAACAAGUCUCCCUGCUACAUGGGGAAGGGGUGGAAUUAGCAUGUUCUUUCUCACUUCCUGCCUCCACAUUAUUCUUAGCACAGAAGUAAUAAACAUGGGCAGGAUUAUAAUAUCUCUAGGAAUGGAGUAUUGCAAUUUUUAGCAUGUGCUGCUGAGACAUUUACCUGUGUAAUAGGAAAGCAGAAUGAUUGGAAACCAUUUUGUAUCUUCCAAAGGUAAAAUUAUCUUGGCAUUUGAAAGUCUCUGUGUGUAUGGCAAGUUCAAGAACUGCAAACUUACUUAUUUUAGCAAGGUUUUCCUUACUGUUAUACAUAUCUAUAUUUUAAUGCAAACAGCUAGGUUUUAAAAUCUUUGGCAGGCUUCUGCCCCCAGUAAGGAUGGGACGAGGAGAAUGGGACAGAAAACCAAUGUACCUCAGAGCUGUAUCUAGCUUGGAAAGACGUCUUGCUUCAGGACUGCCAUUUCUAUAAACGGGGAGAUAUUCCAGUUGCCUAAAUAAACUUCUCAGUCACAGAGGAUUUCUCUUGAAUUCCUGUGCCUGGCUUCUACACUUUCCAUCCUUUGCCCACUCCUGGCCAAGCAUGAAAGAAAGAAGAGGUGGUGGCUCCCAGAUGGGUCUGGGAGUGUGGGUUGCUUUGUGGCUUAUGGCCUUCCUUGCAUUGUCUUCCAGCACACAGACAUGCCAGAGGAGAUGCGAGUAGAGACCAUGGAGUUGUGUGUCACUGCGUGUGAGAAAUACUCCACCAACAAUGAGGUAUUGGUCAUCUCUGAGAACUAUGUGCUUGGAUUUAUUUAUUUUUGAAUGAUAAGGAAGAUACAUAACAACAACAACAAUUUAUUAUUUGUACCCUGCCCAUCUGGCUGGGUUUUCCCAGCCACUCUGGGCGGCCUCCAACAAAGAUUAAAAAUACAUUAAAAUGUCACACAUUAAAAACUUCUCUAAACAGGGCUGCCUUCAGAUGUCUUCUAAAUGUCAGCUAGUUGUUUAUCUGUUUGACAUCUGAUGGGAGGGCGUUCCACACAUUACUAUUAAGCUCCCAUGUCUGUGGGGGGAAAUUGUUUGAUCUCUCUGUCAGUUGACUUGAAAUUAAAUUUAAUUAGCCAAUACAACAGUAAAUAGAAAUAAUUCAGUGAUGAUACCAGAAUCAUAUUAAUACAAAAUACCCAUGUAAACACAUGAUUGAUUAAAUUGGUGGAGCAACUAAUUUCAAUUAAAAAGAUAACUUCAAUAAAAGUUACAAAUUCAUCUCAAGACCAAAAUAUAAAUGUAUCAAAGCUAACAAAAAUGACCAUAUAAUUGAUAUGCAUAAUGACAACAGUUUGUUUUAAAAAGCAGUUACAUAAUGAAGCCAAGAACAGCAGAUAAAACAGCGUGUGUAUGUGUGUAUUUCUCUCUAUAUACUGUGAGGGGGGAAAGUACUUGAUCCCCUGCUAAAUUUGCCCCCAGAAACCCAGAAGACAAAAGUCAGAGAUUGAUGUGCAUUAUGAUGAGUGAAAUAAGUUUUUGAUCCCUUUGCAAAAGAUGACUUAGUACUUGGUGGCAAAACCCUUGUUGGCAAUUACAGGGGUCAGACGUUUCUUGUAGGUGGCCAACAGGUUUGCACACAUCUCAGGAGGUAUUUUGUCCCACUCCUCUUUGCAGAUCCUCUCCAAGUCAGUAAGAUUUCAAGGCUGAUGUGUAGCUACUCAUGACUAUGCUACCACUCAGUGGAUUUGUAACUGGCUGACUGACCGAACCCAAAGGGUGCUCAUCAAUGGUUCCUCUUCAUCCUGGAGAAGAGUGACUAGUGGGGUGCCACAGGGUUCUGUCUUGGGCCCGGUCUUAUUCAACAUCUUUAUCAGCGACUUGGAUGAUGGACUCAAGGGCAUCCUGAUCAAAUUUGCAGAUGACACCAAAUUGGGAGGGGUGGCUAACACCCCAGAGGACAGGAUCACACUUCAAAACGACCUUGACAGAUUAGAGAACUGGGCCAAAACAAACAAGAUGAAUUUUAACAGGGAGAAAUGUAAAGUAUUGCACUUGGGCAAAAAAUGAGAGGCACAAAUACAAGAUUGGGGACACCUGGCUUGAGAGCAGUACAUGUGAAAAGGAUCUAGGAGUCUUGGUUGACCACAAACUUGACAUGAGCCAACAGUGUGACGCAGCAGCUAAAAAGCCAAUGCAAUUCUGGGCUGCAUCAAUAGGAGUAUAGCAUCUAGAUCAAGGGAAGUAAUAGUGCCACUGUAUUCUGCUCUGGUCAGACCUCACCUGGAGUACUGUGUCCAGUUCUGGGCACCACAGUUCAAGAAGGACAUUGACAAACUGGAACGUGUCCAGAGGAGGGCAACCAAAAUGGUCAAAGGCCUGGAAACGAUGCCUUAUGAGGAACGGCUAAGAGAGCUGGGCAUGUUUAGCCUGGAGAAGAGGAGGUUAAGGGGUGAUAUGAUAGCCAUGUUCAAAUAUAUAAAAGGAUGUCACAUAGAGGAGGGAGAAAGGUUGUUUUCUGCUGCUCCAGAGAAGCGGACACGGAGCAAUGGAUCCAAACUACAAGAAAGAAGAUUCCACCUAAACAUUAGGAAGAACUUCCUGACAGUAAGAGCUGUUCGACAGUGGAAUUUGCUGCCAAGGAGUGUGGUGGAGUCUCCUUCUUUGGAGGUCUUUAAGCAGAGGCUUGACAACCAUAUGUCAGGAGUGCUCUGAUGGUGUUUCCUGCUUGGCAGGGGGUUGGACUCGAUGGCCCUUGUGGUCUCUUCCAACUCUAUGAUUCUAUGAUUCUACUCGAACCUUCAGCUCCCUCCACAGAUUUUGAUGGGAUUAAGGUCUGGAGACUGGCUAGGCCACUCCAGGACCUUAAUGUGCUUUUUCUUCAGCCACUCCUUUGUUGCCUUGGCUGUGUGUUUUGGGUUAUUAUCAUGCUGGAAUACCCAUCCUUGACCCAUUUUCAAUGCCCUGGCUGAGGGAAGGAGGUGCUCACCCAAGAUUUGACGAUACAUGGUCCCGUCCAUUGUCCCUUCGAUGCUGUGAAGGUGUCCUGUCUCCUUAGCAGAAAAACACCCCCAAAGCAUAUCAUGUCCCCCUCCAUGUUUGACGGGUGGGAAGGUGUUCUUGGGGUCGUAGGCAGCAUCCCUCCUCUUUCAAACACGGCGAGUUGAUGCCAAAAAGCUCGAUUUUGGUCUCAUCUGACCGCAACACUUACACCCAGUUCUCCUCUGGGUCAUUCAGAUGUGCAUUGGCAAACUGCAGACGGGCCUGUACAUGUGCUGUCUUGAGCAAGGGGACCUUGCGGGCUCUGCAAGAUCUCAGUCCUUUAUGGUGUGAUGUGUUACCAACUGUUUUAUGGUGACUAUGGUCCCAGUUGCCCUGAGAUCAUUGACAGGUUCCCCCCGUGUAGUUCUGGGCUGCAACAUCACAAUUCUCCUGAUCAUUGCAACUCCACAAGAUGAGAUCUUGCAUGGAACCCCGGACCGAGGGAGGUUGACAGUUAUUUUGUGUUUAUUCCAUUUGCGAAUUAUUGCACCAACUGUUUUCACCUUCUCACCAAGCUGCUUGGCAAUAGUCUUGUAGCCCAGUCCAGCCUUGUGCAGGUCUACAGUCUUGUUCCUGACAUCCUUGGACAGCUCUUUGGUCUUGGUCAUGGUGGCUAGUUUGGAAUCUGCUGGAUUGAUUGCUUCUGUUGACAGGUGUCUUUUGUACAGGUACUGUAACGAGCUGGGAUUACAGGUAACACCUCUCCCUUACAGGAGGUGCUUCUAAUCUCAGCUCAUUACAAACAAUGAAGAUACCAGGUAGCCUGACAUCUGGCUGGUUGAUAGGAGAUCAAAUACUUAUUUCACUCAUUAUAAUGCACAUCAAUCUCUGACUUUUGUCUUCUGGGUUUCUGGGGGUUUUCCUGUUGUUAUUCUGUCUCUCACAGCUACAAUAAACCUACCAUUAAAAUUACGGACUGGUCAUUUCUUCGUCAGUGGGCAAACGGGCAAAUUUAGCAGGGGAGCAAAUACUUUCCCCCCUCACUGUAUAUAUAAACAGUUGGUGAGCUUCAGCGGCAUAUGAGAAAGAAUCCAUUUUUCUCUCUUUCUAACUUGCUGUUCCUUCCCCUUUGGCUCCUAUUCCUUUCCUUGUUGAAUUUCUUGUUUCUUCCCUUCAGAGUGCUGCCAAGAUGAUCAAAGAGACAAUGGACAAGAAGUUUGGCUCCUCCUGGCAUGUCGUGAUUGGGGAGGGCUUUGGUUUCGAGAUCACCCACGAGGUGAAGAAUCUGCUGUACAUGUUCUUUGGAGGCAGUCUUGCUGUUUGCGUUUGGAAGUGCUCCUGACAUACUCCAUCUCUCUCUCUCUCUCUCUCUCUCUUUUCAAGCUCACCACAUUCAGGAGAUUUCCCCCCAGACUUUGCAUUGGUUUUUGUACAAUUUAAAGGGCAGGCUUAUUUUUAAUAAUAAAAUAUUGAGCUUUUUCUUAUUUAUAUACCAGCUUUAUGACAAAUACUGAGUGUGUGCGUGAGUGUAAGUAAAUAUGUUUGAGCUACUUAAUCCAGCUCAUAGAGUGUUUGACUCUGAUUUUACCAAUGUGGCUUUUUGCUUAGAGGUGGGGAUCAGGGGAUGGUGACUGCAAGUCACAGUUUAUGAAGCCAUACAUUGCAGAGAGAGCAUGAAGAGUUUGAAUCCAAACUUCCCAUUGCUUCUCCUUGCUAUCUCUUCCCACUUUCUGGGAGAAGACCAGAAAAAGGCAGCUGAUUUCUCUUUGCCCAGAUGACAGCUGCCUGGUUGUCAGAAGUGUGUGUGCCAGCUUGACAAACCUGACCCAGUGGACGGUUGCUAGGAUAAUUGCCCUUCCACCUCCUCACUACACCUACAGAGCACUGAUAUAGCUUGUAAAGCGUAUGGCACACAAAUAAGACUAUUUUGCAUAGCAUGUGGGAUGGGGUGGGAGUGUCACGAUGCCAAUAUGUUGUAUCUUGUUCAGAAACUGGUCGUGGGAAGAAGCUCUGCCUGAGCUGCCAGUUUCUCAAAACUUUUAAGUACAAUUGUACUUCCAUUUUGUAGAGUCUAAUAAUGCUGUCACGAGGGUGUUGAUUAAUGGUCCUUAUUGUAUUUUCUAUAUAGUCUAUUUGAAUUUGGAGUGUGAAGGGGACUUACUUUUUACAAUAAACUUUUUUUAAUGCAUGGC